CCGCCCACGAGGCUCCAUCGACAACCAUCACCGUCCUCUACGCCUGAUUAGGAUCCACUAGGGUGAGGCAAAUUGGAGCAAGGGCAAAAAGAAAUCCCGCGCGCAAUGAAGGGGGAUUCGUCGGACGGCGGCGGCGAUUCGCGCCAAAGCCCGAGCCCAGCCUCGACCUCCAAGGCCAAGUCAUGCAAAGGAUACCUCUACUACUCCUCGGUCCUCAGAUCCGAGGCCCGCAACCCGCUUUGCGUUGGAAUCACCAGGACCCUGCCACAAGUACCUAACUACACUGUAAAGGAAUCUGAGAUUGAAGCUACUAAAGAAGGUCAUAGCCUGUCAGAUUUCAAAUAUGCUUGUGUUGGUUACUCAGUUUUCUUGAGUAACAAAGAUAGUUCCAUGGAGAAGGGAGAGAAGCAAGCUGAGUUGCCAUUUUGUGCUGGCCUUGAGAUAUUAAUGGAUAGAAGGACAUCAACUGCUGAUCAGGUGCCUGCUCAUGUUCACAACAAGGAAGAUGCUUCUGUUCAUUCUCAACCACGAGGUUACAGGCUGCCGCAGUCAUCAGGGCAGGAUUUCUUCAGCAAGUUUGCCAGGAAUGCUGGGUUGGUGGCCUCAGCUGUGGCCAGGAACCUUGCCAGAGUGGCCAACCAGAUUAAAGAUAACUUGGAUGACAUAGUGUAUGACCGCAGGCGUCCCAAGUAGAAACGUAACCCCAAAUGUGCUAUCAUGGUUGGAAGUAUGCAAGAUAAUUGCCCUGUGCCCUUCAGUAUGGAGAUGUCCUUGAUUAGUUUUAAGUUUUUAAAAAAUAUUCUCAAAUUCAAGUGUGCUGUUUUACCCUUGACCGCCACUCAUAAUAUAUAUUUUGAAGCAUUGAAAGCUUGUUUACAAGUUAAUGUCUAGGAAUAAAUUUAUAGAGCUAGCAUGUAAGAUUUGACUAAAAUGCAGAGUAGGACAAAAAUGCAGGGUAAAGUUCAGAGACAUCAAAA